AUGUUUAGAUCGUUGGUUAAACUUGUCCCUAAGUUUAAUAAUGGUGGGGCAUUAGUAUUGUCCAGAUUUGCUUCAUCUACCCCUACAUCUACUUUUCCAAUCAGUCAUUCACUCAUGGCUAGAUCAUCAAUAAUAGGAAACACUACAUCACCAAUAGUCCAACAAUUGUACAUGAAUAAACUUGUAAAUUUCCAACCAACACAACCAAAAGAAUAUAAUUUAGAUACUAUUGAUGAAGAUGAUGAUAGUAAUACCAUGCAUGCAUUGUCAGUUUUAAGAAAAAGAAGAUUAAAGAUGAAAAAACAUAAAUAUAAGAAGAGAAGAAAGGCUCAAAGAGCUUUAAGAAAGAGAUUGGGUAAAUAG